UAUUGUGAAAGUCUAGACCGGAUUAGCUUCUAUGGUUGUUUAGCUAACUUACAUUAGAGAAGAGUGGGUACGUGGUAGUUUACCGACCGAAAACUUUCUUACGCCGGUUCCAGACUAACUUUUAAAAGCUGGCAGACACCGGACACACGGGCAGGACAGAAGGACGCGAAGCAUGCCUCCACGCAGGCAGGACUACGGGGUGAAGAGGGGGGAAGGGGCGCGGAGCAGCCUCAGCUUCAGCCGGGGUACGGUGAGCUCCAGAUCCGUCCGUCGCAGCUCCGCCGUGCUGCCCUCGGUGCUAACGUUUCUGGUAAUCGUUGCGUCCGGAGGCCUGUUGCUCAUGAUAGAGAAAGGAAUGCUGAACAACGUGGAGACGCCUUCUCCCAGAGGUAACGGUAAGCGGCUGGACUUCCUCAGGGACAGCGGGAAACAAAGCUCAGAUGGAGCGGACGUGGAGUCCCAGAUUCUUCAGGAGAUCCGCAACCGGACCAUCAAGACCAUGUGCAGCCAGAAGAACAUGCCCCACAGCAUCUGGUCUCUGACACCCCUGCAGAGGAAGACGCUGCUGCAGCACAUCCUGGUGAAUGACGAGUACCGCUUCCUCUACUGCUACGUCCCUAAAGUGGCCUGCUCCAAUUGGAAGAGGGUUCUGAAGGUGCUGAAUGGAGCAUUGGAGAACGUCAACGUCAACAUCAAGAUGGACCAUCGCAGCGACCUGCUCUUCUUGUCCGCUCUGAAGCCAGAAGAGAUCCGCUACCGCCUUACGCAUUACUUCAAGUUCAUGUUUGUGCGAGAACCCAUGGAGCGCCUGCUUUCUGCAUACAGGAACAAGUUUGGGGAGAUCGAGUCCUACCAGAAAAAGUACGGGGUGGAGAUCAUUAAGCGAUAUAGAAAGGGCCACGCUAAGAACCCGUCUGUAAAAGGAGACGAUGUGACCUUUGGGGAGUUUGUCCACUACUUGCUGGACGAGGACGUGGAGCGCAUGAAUGAGCACUGGAUGCCCGUGUACAACUUGUGCCAGCCUUGUGCCGUUUCCUACAAUUUCAUCGGCUCCUAUGAGAACCUUGAAAAGGACGCGGAGCACGUGCUCCAGCGUGUUGGGGCGCCUGCUUUUAUUCACUUCCCAGAGAGGCAAACGUGGUACAAGCCUGUCACCACGCAAACACUACACUACUAUCUAUGCUCUCUGCCACAGAAGCUGCUCAGGGAACUCUUGCCAAAGUAUAUUUUAGACUUUUCCCUCUUUGCUUAUCCUCUCCCCAACACAACCACUCAACACUGCCGGCAUUAAAAGGUGCUGCUUCACAGUUUGGAUAUAUAUAUAUAUAUAUUUAGAGAUGUACUUUUAUCCUAGAGGACAAACAGUAUUUUGUGAGCUCUCUAAAUAUUUUUCAGGUGUCUGCACAUUGGGAGUUCAAAACCACUAAAGCUUGAAACGGAAAGCGGCUCAGCUGUUACACAGAGUAACCCAGUCCAGGUUAAAUAACAAAAACAUGGACAUUAGUGUGCUGCACACCUUUAAUGAGGUAAAGCUUAAUGGCCUCAGUGGACAUCCUGUGGUUUAGCCGGCUAAAACACACACUGUGUACUCCAUUCUUUUUUUUAUACCACCUUUUCUAGAAUUUUUUAUUUUUCAUAAAAUAAAACUCAAAUUCACAUUUUA